AUGCAAAUAUCUGACGGAUUGUCCUCUCAAUGGCUCGCAGUCUCUGAGCCAGAGCCUUAUAUUCUCCAUGUAGAACUUUCUCGACCACCGGUCAACGCGUUCUCAAUCGAGCAAGUCGAACCAUGGCUUCAUGUGUCUCUUUCAACUGAUACAACCCGUAGAUUCUGGCGCGCUUAUGGCGCACUUUUCGACCGCAUAAUCCAAGAGGGCAGAGACGUCCGUGCCGUUGUCGUUUCAUCAGCACUCUCUAAAGUGUUCUCUGCUGGGAUCGAUUUUAAAGACGGUCUCAAGGCGCGCGACGACGCCAGCGAUGCCGCCAGAACAUGGCUGAGCACCUACCACCAUCUGAAACAAUUCCAGAGUGCGAUUGGGGCACCACAGAGAUGCCCGUUCCCCGUUAUCGUCGCAGUCCACGGUUUGGUGGCUGGACUGGGAAUGGAUCUAAUGUAUGCUUGCGACAUCCGCUAUGCGGCAGAGUCUACUCAGUUUACGAUCAAGGAAGUUGCCGUGGGCCACGCAGCAGACAUCGGCACGCUCGCGUCCAAAAUAACGAGCAACCACUCGUUGAUGCACGAAUUGGCCUACACUUCGAGGAUGUUCACUAGCAACGAGGCACUCCAGCUUGGAUUGGUCUCGCGAGUUUGCGCUGGCGGCCAGAAAGAAGUCACCGACGCAGCGCUUAAGCUGGCCAAAGCAAUCGUCCGCAACAGUCCCAUCGCGGUGUCGGGAACGAAACAUAUUUUGACACACGCGCGAGAUCAACGCGUCCUUCAAAAUCUCGACUAUGUGGCUGCGUGGAAUGCAAGUGCCCUCCAAACCAAAGUUGGUCAUCGCCUCUCGCUCCUCGACACUGUUGACCACUAUGAACAGGAUAUUCCGGAGAGCAUCCGCGCAAUGCAAACACGGGAAGCCCCGGUCUUCCAACCCUUAUCCAAGCCCAAGCUUUAG